AAUAAAUAUUAUUUUUUGUAAUAAAUAACCGCUAAUAAUAACCACCAUCGUUCACACGGAUCGCAGAUUCACAAACUCUAAAUAAAAGGUCGGAGAGAGCCACUGCCGGAAGGUAACACCACCGUCUUUCAAUUUUCCGGCGAUCUCUUCGUUUCUUCCUCCGGCGAUCCAUUAUCAUAGCAAUCAAUCAUGACUGUGUCAAAGCGCCUUGCGGUUAGGAAGGUGGAGAAGUUUGAGAAAAACAUUACAAAAAGAGGAAGUGUGCCAGAAACAACUGUUAAGAAAGGAAAAGACUAUCCAGUUGGCCCUGUGCUGCUCGGUUUCUUCGUCUUUGUUGUCAUUGGAUCAUCUCUCUUUCAGAUAAUCAGGACAGCAACAAGUGGAGGCAUGGCAUAAUGGAGCUUUGAGUUGUACUGUAUCAUUUUCUCUUUCUUAGCCCUGUAGAAAAUAUGAGUAUACUUUUCUACAUGUACUUGGACUAUACCUGGUUCCUGUUCAUGUUUUGAUGAAGUUUUAAGUUAAGAGUUUUUAAUUAUACAA